CGUUCUCCGCCUGCCAGGCCGACCCCCACCCCACCCCCAGCGCGGCCCGCGGAAAAGAGGACAAGCGCCGAGGACCUGGUCGCCCCCAAACUGGGAUGGGCCGCUGCGUCGGGCCCCUGCGCGUCCCAUGAGCUCGGUCGCCGCCCGGGAGACCCGCGCCUGCCGCCGCGCGAGCAGCGCCUCGCCCGGCUGCGCCCCCUGCCAUCCGGCUCGCCGGUUCCUGCGUCCCCCAGCUCCAGCUGCUGAGGGCGCGGUCGCUUCGGAGAGGCGGAGAGGGGCAGGGCCGAGAUGGCCCAGAGACCCAGCGCUUUGGCGGGUACCUUGCACGCUGACCGGGUCUGGGGGCAGCCCUGGAGCUGGUAGCUGUCCAGGCGCCGGAUGGACCUUGACCCGCCACCGCCUCACAGCCGACGCUAGAGGGGCACGGGCGGUGUGCUCCCGGGAGGGCGCCGGGGCCCAGCAGGCGCCGCCAUGAAGAUGAUCUUGGUGCGCAGGUUCCGCGUGCUGAUCCUGGUGCUCUUCCUGGCGGCUUGCGCGUUGCAUCUCGCGCUGGACCUACUGCCCAAGCUGGAGCGGCGCGCGCGACCCGCGGGAGAGCCUGGGUGCUCGUGUGCGCAGCCCGCGGUGGAAGCAGAGCCAGGCUGGGCCAAGCACACGCUGCGCAUUCUGCAGGACUUCAGCUCCGAGCCCUCGUCCAACCUCACGUCCCAUUCGCGGGAGAAGCUGAUGCCUGCGGCUGAGCCGGUGGAGCGCGCCCCGCGGCCUCGGGGCCCUGCUCCCCGGCUGCUGCCGCUAGGCCCCGGCGCGCAAAGGUCGACCCCUGCGCCUGGCCCGAGCGCGGAAGGCUCCCUUCUGGCCAGGCUGUUCCAGCACCCGCUGUACCAGGUGGCUGUGCCGCCGCUGACGGAGGACGACGUCCUGUUCAACGUGAACAGCGACAUCAGGUUCAACCCCAAGGCAGCGGCUGGGAACCCGGACUGGCAGCAUGAAGGGACUCCAGGGGAGGAGUUUCUGCACACUGGGGUGGCAGCGGCCGCCGCGGAGCCCUAUCCCAACUGGCUCAAGUUCCACAUCGGCAUCAACCGCUACGAGCUGUACUCCAGGCACAACCCAGCCAUCGAGGCGCUGCUACACGACCUCAGCUCCCAGAAGAUCACCAGUGUGGCCAUGAAGUCUGGGGGCACGCAGCUCAAGCUCGUCAUGACACUGCAAAACUAUGGACAGGCGCUCUUCAAACCCAUGAAGCAAACCAGGGAGCAGGAGACGCCCCCAGACUUUUUUUAUUUCUCCGACUAUGAGAGGCACAACGCAGAGAUCGCCGCCUUCCACCUGGACAGGAUCCUGGACUUUCGUCGAGUGCCCCCCGUGGCCGGCAGGGUGGUCAACAUGACCAGGGAGAUCCGGGACAUCACGCGGGACAAGAAGCUGUGGAGGACCUUCUUCACCUCUCCGGCUAACAACAUCUGCUUCUAUGGAGAGUGCUCGUACUACUGCUCCACAGAGCAUGCCCUGUGCGGGAAACCAGACCAGAUCGAGGGGUCCUUGGCAGCCUUCCUGCCCGACCUGUCCCUGGCCAAGAGGAAGACGUGGCGAAACCCCUGGCGGCGCUCCUACCACAAGCGCAAGAAGGCCGAGUGGGAAGUGGACCCUGACUACUGUGAGGAGGUGAAGCAGACGCCGCCCUACGACAGCAGCCAGCGCAUCCUGGACAUCAUGGACAUGACCAUCUUCGACUUCCUCAUGGGGAACAUGGACCGCCACCACUAUGAGACCUUUGAGAAGUUCGGCAAUGAGACAUUCCUCAUCCACCUGGACAAUGGCAGGGGGUUCGGGAAGUAUUCACAUGAUGAGCUUUCCAUCCUGGUGCCACUACAGCAGUGCUGCAGGAUCAGGGAGUCCACCUACCUGCGGCUGCAACUGCUGGCCAAGGAGGAGUUCAAGCUGAGCUUGCUGAUGGCCGAGUCGCUGCAGCGGGACCAGGUGGCGCCCGUCCUGUACCAGCUGCACCUGGAGGCCCUGGACCGGCGGCUGCGCACGGUGCUGCAGGCUGUGCGGGACUGCAUUGAGAAAGACGGAAUGCCCAGCGUGGUGGAGGAGGACCUGGGCCCUGAACACAGAGCGGUCCCAGCGAGGUAGUGACUGGCCCGCCAGCCAUGGCUGCAGCCAACGCUCACAUGUCCGAGUGCCGCUCUGUGGGACUCGAUCCUGGCCAGGUGGGGAGGAAGCGCUGUCCAUGACCAGACCUCUGUGGGACGAGGGCCGUGUUCCCUCUGUCCACACGUGGUGCUUGAGAGAAUGCAGAGCCAGCAGCCCCUACCACCUGCAACUGCACAUCCAAGGCCUCGUACUCGCUCAGCCCACACCACUGUGGCAGGUCUGCCUGCUCCGUGCUUCGGGGGCGGGGUCCUCCUGCGCCUCGUCAGGGGAGAUCCACAGAUCUUCCACUCAUGUGUCCCUGCCAAAGCAGCCAGGUCCUUCACUGAGGUGCCAUGCAUCCCCUGCUGGCCCUGGACGUUGGUGUGGACAACACAGGGUCAGGAAGAGAGUCCUAGCUGGAGGGAGGCUCCUUCUGUGGCGCUGCUGUGGAAUGGUUGGCAAUAUGGUAAAAUGCAAUAAAGACUCAGCAAACACA